GUACCCAUGGUGUUUAGCGACACAUGACCAGACAGCCAGACGUAACAUUCGGAUCAUCUCUGUUCGUUGUAUGGUUGUGCUCGGACGAAGGUACUGCACGUCCAUAAAGACGAGACUGUUACAACAGAUCAACAAGUGUGCAACAUUAUCCAGUGAUCACGGACAAGUCAGUUUCCACUAUGUCCCCCUCCAAGCACGGCGGGUGUCAUGGUUGUGGAACAAACAGUCUACAUUCUAACUCAGUGUGAACCUAAUGCAGUGAGACGUUUAUCAAUGCCAAGUUCAAUUCAAGUCCAACAGCAGGCUGGUCCUCACAUGCUUGUAGCUCCCCGUCCUCCCAGCAAGCCCAUCACAUCCUAUCUCAGGUUCUCUAAGAAGAUAUGGGAGAAGGUGAAAGUUGACCGUCCCAAUGCUCCAGUAUGGGAGACCAGUCAGAUCAUCGGACAGAUGUGGAGAGGUCUCAGUGAUGAAGAGAAGCGAGUCUAUGUUGCUGAGUAUGAAGCUGAUAGGGAGGAAUAUAAGAAAGCAUUUGAAGCAUACCGGGUUGCUUUAGCCGAUUACCAGGAAGCUGUAGGGGCUGCCCAACAAAUUGCUGAGAACAAUCGCCUACUGUUAGAAGCUGAACAGGCUGCCCAUCUGUAUGUCCAUCAGGUUCCAUUCCUCAACAUGCCAGUAAGAAUGAAGCCGGAACCAGUGGAUCCUAACCCGCCCCAGAUUCCCUAUGUUCAGCAGCUGGAACAUGUUCUUACUAGUCCUCCAAUGCUGCGUCCACCAGGACCUGGCCCUUUGUAUGUUCCACAUAAUGUCCAAGUUCUCAACUACAAUCCAGAGCCACCUCCACAACCACAUCCACAACCACAAGCACCACAAGCACCACAAUCUUCAGCACUAGAGAAGGAGCAGUCACAACAACCUCCGUCACUGGAACCUUCUGACAAGAAUGAAGAUGACAAUAUUGAGGAUAGAAUUGAUGUUGAUAGUAUCAAAGGAAUAUUUGGGUGGGCAACUAUAGACACUGUCAAUGUUCCAUAUAUUGUGAGGAAACAUAAGAAGUAUGUGGCUGUUCGGAUUGUAGAGAAGAAACUUUUGAGCAGGUACCCAAACUCUUUUCCUGAUGAACUGGGAAAGAAGGAACCUCUGGUUAGUUAUUUUGUGACUGAGAAUGAAGCCAAACUACUUGAUGAAAUUAACCAGGUCCAUUGUAGCUGUGAGUAUGGACAGCAGGCAUUUACCUGCAAGGACCUUAUAGUUGAUAUGGCUGAAUUUGAGGAUUUCUAUAAUCUUGUUAAAAAGACUUUUCCUGAUGACUAUUUAGCAAAACUAAGAGGAGAGAUUCCACAACAGCAAGUUCAACAGCCAGUUGAAAAUGAAGGAAAGCCAGUUGAACAUGUCAAAUCAGAAUUGGCUAAGGUGUGUGGUUGGGUCCAAAUCAACAAUACAGUGUCCCCAUAUAUCAGACGCUACUCUGGAAAGUUUGUUCCCCUAUCAGUGAUUAAAUAUGCUGCUGGUUUAUUGACUGAGUUGCAGAUUGAAGGAACACUGCCAACCUUAGCUGAGUGCAAUUUGCUCAAUGAAACUUGUAAAGCUGCUGGAUUUGAUUUCACAUUUGGCCAGAACACAAAAGUUAUCCACUUAUCAGAAGUAACACAACGAUGCCAAGUUAGCAUUCUUGAGCUUCCAUUUGAUGAUCCACUGAAACAUGCUCAGUACAUAGACCUUCCUUCACCUACAAAAGCCCAACAGACAGCACCAAACCAAGUGCCAAUAGGACAGAGACCUCCAGGCAGUGUGCAAUCCCCCAAUGUCAAUCCAUUUGCAGGAUACCCUAGUGCUCCACCAAAUCCUUUCUUCAACAUGAUGCCAAUGAUGCCGCAACGGUAUCCCCAACAACCUAUGGGCCAGUAUCCCUUGCCACCUCAAGGACAACGAUUUCCCUUCAUGCCUCCACAAAACAUGCCUAACCCGAGGUCUAACAUGGGCUCUCCACCUAGACAAAGCCUUCCAAGUCCUGGUCAGAUGCCCUCACAGCAUGGUCAAUUCCAACCUUCUGGCCGCCCAUCACCAAGUCAUCCCCAGAGCAGUCCUCUGAGCAUGAUGUCUCACAUGGCUCAAAAUGGACAGAUGCAUCCAAUGCAGGGGGCAUUCCCAGGGCAGAUACAUCCAGGAAGCAUAGGACCCAUGAAUCCAAUGAUUCGCCCCGGUCAAACUACACCCAUCAGUCAAGGUCCUGGUAUGUCUCCACUGGGGUUAGGUCAAGGCAUGAGAAUGCCUAUGACUGCCCCCACUGAGAUGAUGCCAAGAGGCCCAAUGCUGCACACUGCUCAGAUGCCACAGUUGUCACCAUCUCAAAGUGCUAUCUCUCGUUUUCCUAAUCCUCAUAGCAUGCUCCCUGGUCAGCAGAUGAAUAAUCAAAAUGGAAAACUGGCAAGCACUCCUAAUUCUACAUAUGCAGCAACAUCUCCAGCUGCUUCCUCUAUAUCCAGUAGUCCAAAGACUGUUCCAAUCUCUGCACCUGCUCCUGCCAGUAUCCCUACAAUGAAUGGUGAUGCUCCUCAACGUCCACCAUCCAAUCAGAGCUCGGGCCAAAGCAGGUCUAGUUCGCGGUCAUCCUUAGUUGACAAAAUCAGUGGAGUAGUGCUGAAUGGAAAGAGCAUAUCAUGCAUGCAUUUGGAUCAUGCAGAGAAACCAGGCAAAUUCUGCUUAGUGGAAGCUGUGUGUAAAUUAUAUUUUUCACAAAGUAGUAUGAAUGAAUUUCUCUAUGCCCUACAGAAUGUGUUGAAGAUUCCUUUACAUUCAUGUAAUGAAGAUGAAGAAAAGGCUUUCAUUCAGUAUUACAACCUGCCAGUGAGCGUUUUAAAAUGUAACAAGAUGAUCAGUCUGACAGACCUUGAGAAGUACUUCCCACAAAUGUCCUACAUGUUCAGUCAAUGUGAUACACCCACAGAAGGUUCUGAGGACCAGAAUGGCACUGCAGGUGAUAAGCCUACCACUGAUUCUCCUGUACUAGCUUCAGAUACCACUUUAUCUGCCCCACCAGCAGAAACUCCAGCAGAUGCCAGUCAAAGUUCAACAAGCCUCAAACGGCCUAGUCUUACUUCCCUUUCAUCUCCCCCACCUCCAAAACAGCCAUGUCGAAGGCUUGAGGAAAUGGUCCAAAAACUCAAGCAAUCUCAGAACACAAAUGAUGGGUCUGAGAAGCCCACAGAGGAACAACAAGAGGAAGACCAGAAGCCUGUCACUCUUCCUUCCCCUCCAGUAGCAACUGAUGAGGGGGAAACUGGUAGGAAAGAAGAAGUCAUUGUGCUAGACUGAGCCAGCUAAAGAAGAGAAGAGUUUUACUUAAACAGUUUGGAGAGGUGCUGAUCUAUGUGUUGCUGAAGGACUGGCGUGUGUAUGAUGUGCUGAUCUAUGUGUUGCUGAAGGACUGGCGUGUGUAUGAUCUCCAAGAACACUGUGCAUGGAGUUUCUUCCAGACUGAUUUGAAAAAUGGACCACCAGUAUUCUUGUGAAAGUCAGUCAUUUAUUGUGGUCAGUUGAAUGAUGUGUACAAAUUACAUUUUUGAGAACUUAAGUCACACUCUGUUGGUCAGUGAUUAAUGUUUAUUUUGUGAGAACUGUUUUCAUAAACUUACACAGAAGACACAACACUGGGCAAAGGACAUGAAGCACUCUCACAAACUUGAGGAUGAAUAUUGGAGAAGACAGUGUAAAGUCUUGUUUGAAACCCUGAGGUAAUUGUUGUGACCCAUAACUGAAGAUAUUUUGUCUUCUUUUGUGAUCAAGAACAAGAAAUUCAUUUUGUUUUUGGACUCUGAAGCAUUUUGUGACAUAGUAUACAAUGCUGUCACAUUAUUUAUUUUGCAGUGUACUGUUCUUUCUUUGGAGAAUUCAGGGUAUCAAGUGUAAUGGUGCAACACACUUUACAACUGCAUUUAUUGCUUAUAUGUGAUGAAAAACUACUAAAUGUAUCUUGAGGCAAAAUGUUUAUGCACGAUUAUUUUAUGAGAAUGAGCAUCAGAAACAGAGAAGCUGUUCUGUGAAUGCAGCUGUUUGUUUUUGUGUGUGACAUGGCUUCCUGAAUCAAAGGACCAUCCUUGGUGAUGACCACAGUUGGCGCAUGUUAAGUAUGCAUGUGGUAAAGAUUUCUUUGAAUCUCUGUUAUUCGUGUCAGAGAGAAAGGAAGAGGGUACAGCCAGAACCACAAGGAAGAGCUGUAUGUGGGGUUUCUCUUGAAAGAGUGACCAUCUUCAAGCUGGAAAUGAGAGUGAAUAAUUGGCUACCGUACGUGAUCGGAUCAUUCAACACAAGGCUGCUAUUGACAGUUACUGAUAAAAGAGUUUCCACUGCCAAGUCAGAAUGGUGACCUGAGCUUAUGCAGGGGUUUGAUCACAAAGGAGUUCCAUGACAGUAUAUCAUUGACAGUGUGAGGAGUCCUGCCAAGGGAACAGUUGUUUCCUUUUUUUGUAGUUGUCUUUGCACUAGCCUUCAUUUAUUUUUGUUUAGGCCACUGCUACUUCCAUGACACCUUUUGCAUCAAGGCUAAAAUAAUUCUUUGAUUCUCAGGCACCACUUGCAUCUAGACAACUGUGCUUGUGAGCUUCAAGUAUAUAUGUUACCAUUUUGACCAAAAAAUACAGCACACACUUGCACCAUUUUGUCAGAGUCCAUCUGAGAAUUCAUUUUGUUUUGUUGCCUGUAUAUGUUAUCCAUGAUAAUCCAUAUAAUUUGUGAGGAAUAUUACUGAAGAUGAACUUGAACUAAAACUCUAUGAAGAUAAUCAUGAUCAAAGAUGUGUGAAAUGUUUACAUGCUGAGUUACCAUUUUUGAGAAUGGUCCAUAUGCAGAGGUAUGCAGUAUUUGUUUAUUAAUUUUUUUGUUGCUGUGUUUGUUUUUUCACUGAAAUGAAAUCCAUGUACAUUGUUUAAGACUAGUUACAAAUGUUUAGUGUACUUGUGUGUCUUUGACUUGUAACAUAUACUACACAUAGUGCUGUGUGAAUAUUGAAAUGUAAUUCAACUGGAAAUACCUGAUGGCAAUCUGUAAUAUCUUUUGUUGUUUUUCACAUUUAGGAAUGCACUGGAGCAUUAACUGAAAACACAAUCCCAUUUGAGAACAAUGUCUGCCAGAGUGUAAGGACUGCUGUGUUUAAUGAUAACGUCACACAAUGUACAGUGGAUAUCAAGACAGACAUGUUCUAAUGUGCACUUAUUACCUUAGAAUAAGAACAACAAAGCUAUCGUUAAAUUCACGCAAGAGUUAGAAAACCUUUUACUGGUUGUGAUGUGAAGUAACACUACAUAUUAGUAAUUUUGUCAGCUAUUUCCAGGAGAAUACUAUGUCCGCUUUUGUGACCUGAUUCAUGCAAGAAUCUGCUCGGAAUUGUUAAUAGAUGAAGUGUUAGAUAUGUCAGCACACAGAAUUUUAACUUUCAUACAAAUUAAGGCAUAACAUUUUACCAUAUUGCAAAUAUUUUGUUAAGAAAUGAGAUCAUACAAAACUUUGCAGUAUUUUACUGAUCUGUUUAACAAUAAGACUGAAUGCGUGUAGGUGAGAACAUUUGAUUGUCCCAAACAACCUGAUCAAAUAGCCCUACUUCCUAAUUCAUACUGGAUGAAACACAAGCCACCUUAAGGAUCAGGGUCCACUUAAACAAUACAAUCUUAGUUCUACGACUAUCAUAAGUCUGUGUGAAAGUCUGGGCGUUAUAACUGUUGUGGCACUAAGAUCACUUUGUGCUUGUAGACCGAUGAAGUCAUGUCCUUCUUAAAAUUCACAAGUUUGUUCUCUUGUGUUGAAUUGUUAGUCAUUCAAUAAUCUGUUAAUACCAUGCCAUUACUUAGACCAACUUAGAUUCUAUUUAACCAUGUAUGUUUUUGUAUACAUAUCCUGUACAGAGCUUCCACUUCACAGUGCUAUAUGUGUUGUGAUCAUGUGUCACUACUUAUCAUAGUCAGUUUCUAUAUUGGCUGUUGUAUGUCUUGUUUUUAGCAGGUUAUUAUUGAGUGUAUGUGUUUGACAUUCAUUGGCAUCAUUUUGCCUGAGAUUCUCACUAGUGGUCUGUUGUAUGGAACCGAGCAAACCUUUGAAUCUUUGUAACAAGGUUUUCUUCCUGAUUUAACAUUCAUUGAAUUUUCAAAUAAUGCCAAAAUAUAUCAUUUAAUGCAUAUUGUAGAAAGGCAUGGUUGUCGUAUAAAUAUUUUUUCUAAUUGUUGGAACUGAUUUUAAGUUGUAUGUGAUCAAAACCUUUUCACCUGUAAAUCAUAAGAUAAAACAUGUUCUCAUUGACUGUAUCAAUUAUGUUUUUUGUUUUCCAGCAUUGACCUUUGAGUAAAAUAUGAGCAGCGGCACUACAAUGUUAUUUUGCAGAUAAAAUGCAGUACAUUGCUCGAUGAAGGUAUGUUGGUAGAGUUGGUACCUUCAUAUUUGAUGCAGAACGUCUUGUGUAUUGGUAAUAGAAGAAGAAUCGGACAGACAUCAUUCAACACAUUAUCUUGAUUGUCAUUAUAUAAGGCAAGCAUGAUCAUGAUUGUGAUCUGACAAGGAUUGGGGAUUAAUUAUUUCAGUAUGUAAUUGGUAAGGUAAAGCAAAAGGUUAAUUUGGACCUAUUGGAAGAUUGUUCUUUAACACAGGAUAAGGAUAAAUGUUAUUCUUUGUGUUGACAUCAUUUCGUGAGGUGUUAAGGCAGGUUUAACAAUCAGAAUUGAAUAUAAGUCUUAAAAUUUGAUUUGUUGUCCAUUAUUCAAACUUAUGUAAACAAGAUUUAUAAUGUUCCCGAAUUAAGUAGUAAAGUUAUUCAUAGAUUUAACUACGAUGGCCAAACUGAUUAUGUUAAUGUCAUAGCUGAUAAUUACCUAACCAUUAAGUUUACUCAUGCAUAAGUUUAUUAUGUUGUUUGAAGUGAGCAUUAUAUGUAUGCAGUGUUUUUGGCAUUGAUAUUUAGGCAAAUCUUUUCAACUAUGAGCUUGUUUCAUGGUCCUGGAAAGUGUAAACAACAUCUGUUGUCAGAUUAAGCAGUUCUAAAAUUAUUCCAGUCUUUUAAAUAGGGCUAAAAUGGCACUGCUCUGAACAGAUCUGAUAUUAAUUUGUCAUUGUUUAAUGGUCCUUUACACUGUAGGUGAGCUACAGAGUCUCAUGGCUCUGUUUCAAAAAGACCCUGGUGUGAAUCUCCCUACUCAUUGUCAUGGUACCCAAACCAUUCAGAUACCAUUCAUAUCAACAUAGUGUACAGUUAGUUAACUUUGUAUAGUGAUUAUUUCUUACAUGUGCACUUUGGUUUUGUGUCCAUGUUGUACAUUGUCAACACGUUAAGUUUGUAUACAUGUUGUACAGAUUUUGAGGCUUCUGAACCAGAGGUGCAGGUCAAUAGUCAUCGUGGUACAUUGUCUGUUUGACAUCUUUCCUGCAGGCCCUUUUUUUAAAGUCAGGAAAGCAUGUUUAUGGCAUUUGUAAGGUAUGUGAGUUAGUUAUCCUACAAACAAGUGAAUGCUGUAACUUGAAAUCUGGAUAUUAUCAACCUAAAGCGCUGAAGUAUGAACCUCUUCUUCAUGCUGAAUACAAGAAUGCUAAGGUAAUUCACUGGACUUGCAGAAAUGGCAGUUUUAAGAGUUCCACAAUUUCUCAGACAAAUCAGAUUUGCAGCCACUCUCAAUGCCCCUUUGUUUUAAAAGUAUUUCGGUGUGCAUAGAUCAAUGUGCAUACAUGUCCACGCUGUAUGUGGUGUGUGCUGAAACAUGUCAAACCGUUUCUCUGUGUUGUCAACUUUGUUGGUAAGGUCUGUAACAGACAAUGAUAUCAAGUGACACAAAAUUCUGAUCAAUCUUUAGCCUAAUUUUAAAAAUGUCAUCAGUUAUGUGAGUGUUGUAUAAUAUGAUGUCAAUGCUACUUUAUAUGCCAGUUUUAUGACCUCAUGUUACAAAUAUUUUUUGAAGUCCUUGUUCCAUGAUGCUGAAACAAAAAGUGAAAUGCCCAACCAAGGCUUUCAGUAAAAAGUAGAUGAUAACAUGUUAACACUAUAGAUUUGUUUUGCAGUAUUGCAGAUAGAUUAAAAUUGUCAUGAGCAACAACCAUUAUGGCUUAAACUGCCAUGGACUUUCUUUGACUAGUUCUGAAGAUACACAUUUAACAGAAACUGCUAGAAAGUAAUAGCACUUAAUCUCUGGACCAGUGCUCCUCCUUAUUGCCACAAAAUGGUCACAGUGAUGGAUUUGUUGCUUUGUGAGAGUAUCCUUGGCUGCCAUCACAAACUGUAAUCCAUUUACAAAGUUAUAUUACACAAUGUCUUCUUGCUACUGUGAUACAGAAAUCAUUCUAGGUCAUUAAGUUCCAAUUAAUGAGUACUAAUUCUGCUCAUGCUUCAUGGAAUCCUAAAAAUAUUCAAAAAGUAUUUUGAAUAGUAUAAUGUAUGAUAGACUAUCAUUUCAUUAAUUUGGUAACGUAGCAUUAAGCUCAGCACCCUUGCAGGACAGUGAGGACAAACCAAUAUGUUGGUAAAGUUUUCUACUUAAGUGUUUAUUCUAAAGAGAACUGUUAUAAAGGCAGUGAAAUGGGAAUCAGCAUUUAUUGUUUCUUUUGAAAAUGAUAUACAAAAUGCCUAUAAAAAUUGGGACUUUGCAUUUCACACUACAACUAAAGGGUGUCAUUGCCAUGUAACAGGGAGAAAGAUGGUAAAGAGCAGGGUGAAAAUGACAAAAUGACCUGGAAAUGAAAAACAAUAUUUUGUCUUUUGUGUCAGAAGUUAGAACGUGAAGUGAGUAAAAUGUAAACUUUUUAGAUGUUAUUUUGUAACACGCAUCAGUCUUUCAUUUGUUGCUUUAGUGAAUAUAUAUUAUAAUGAGAAAACGUUAUGUCCACAUAACUCACUUUAUUGGUUUGUUGGAACAAUAUGAAGCAGAGACGUUUUUACCUGAAGAGUGUGUACAUGAACUAGAUGCAUUGGAAGUAUAGUCGACUCCAGAACAGGCAUAUGCAUACUCAGACUAUGGAGGAGUUGUUUUCUUAAUAUAAGGAAGCAGAAACAUUAAGAUUUCUUCCAGGCAUUAUGUUCAUGAAAUGAAUGGAAAAUUUUAAAUGGCAUUACUUAUUUUUGAUAAAACAUUCAUUUAUGAUGAGUGGCAUAUUUAAUCAUAUCAAAACCAUUAUGAAAGCAGUGUUUUAUUUCUAGUCCUUUACAUUACAAUUAUUUGAAAGGUCAGUAUUUCCUUUUCCAUGUAUAGUUAUAUAGUUUCAUUCUGCCAUUUUGAUUUUGCAAGGGCAUUAUCUAAGAUAGAAAUCUACAUUUCUAUGAUAUGUGAGCAGUGUGUACAAUGUAUGUAACAAUACAAUUAUCUUGCUAAAAGCUCUAUGCUUAUUAAAUGGUUUGCAGUCAGCAUUGUUGUAAAUAGCUUUAUAGAAAUAUGAAGUGUAUGUAUGUUUGUAACACAACAGCUUUUUUCCAUCCCUAGUUUUACUAAUACUUAGAGCUGAUUUAUCAGUGGAGAAUACCAGUACCUCUGAUGAAGUUUACCAGACUCUAAAUAUCACAUGCAAUAAAACUUUCCAGACUGUUUUAUUUUUAGUAAUUUGUUCCAUUUUCAAUUGUAUUAUGAGCAUGUAGUAACUUUGCAGCGUUUGUUUAAUUUUUUAGGUAUUGAUCUUAGUAUAUGUGUGUAGGGUAAGAUAAAUAUUAUCAUGUCUUUGAUUGCAAUGAAUACUGGAUAAUUCAAGUAUCUUGGUAAUAUUCAUACUCAUGUCAGUUCAUGUGUUGAAUGAGCGAAUAUUUUAAUGACCUCGGCAUUAAAGAAGUUUACAAAAAGUAGUGUUGAAAAAUCUUACAUUUAGUGUGAUUGUAUGAAAUCACAAACACCACUGUUAUUACCACUGCUGGUAAGAUGUUUAUGUUUCCGAAGUCAAGUUCUUUGUGAACAAAAGUAAUUGUUUAUUGCUUUGAAAGGUUUGAAUACCAUUUGACUAGAAAGGUGAAUAUUUUUAUUCCUUUGUUUUUGUAGAAGCACUGUAUGUUGAAGAAGUAAACACAUAGCUGUACUCACCUCCAUUGUAUUGGUUUUGUGUCAACAGCAACAGAAAAUGAAUGUCUUUGGGUGUCAAAGUCAAUGACAUUAAAGAUUUUAUCAGAUUCAUACUAUGGGAUUUCAGAUUUUGAUGAAGGUAGUUCCUCAUGCACUUCAGAUGUCCACUCAGUUGAGGAUGGUUUACUGAAUUCUGACUCUUUCGUCUUGCUUGUGGUAUUCAAACCUUUGUGUUGAUACUUAACAUUUUCCAAAGAGCUUAAGUUUGUAAGUCUGUAUAGUCCUUGUCCACCUUCAUGCUCUACGUUCCUGUGUGGUUGAGAUAGAGCAAUAAUGGUACUUAUUACUGUCCUGUACGGUUUAGUAGACCAAAGCAAUCAUGGCUGUUAUACUUUUUGUACAGUUUUCUAGUGACUAUUUGUUUCAUGAAUAAAGAAUUAUGAUACUGCA